AUGAGCGGCGUGAUGUCGGAUCUGGACCGUCAGAUCGAGCAGCUGAGGCGAUGCGAGCCUUUGAAGGAGUCGGAGGUGAAAGCGCUGUGCAUGAAAGCCAUGGAGGUGUUGGUGGAGGAGAGCAACGUGCAACGAGUCGACUCCCCUGUAACACUCUGUGGCGACAUUCACGGGCAGUUUUACGACAUGAUGGAGCUCUUCAAAGUGGGCGGCGACUGUCCACAAACGAAUUACCUCUUUAUGGGGGAUUUCGUGGACCGGGGAUUCUACUCCGUUGAGACCUUCCUCCUUCUCCUAGCGCUCAAGGUGCGGUAUCCUGAUAGAAUCACACUUAUUAGAGGAAACCACGAGAGCCGGCAAAUAACACAGGUGUAUGGCUUUUACGAUGAGUGUUUGCGCAAGUACGGAUCAGUGAACGUGUGGCGCUACUGCACUGACAUAUUUGACUACCUCAGCCUGUCAGCCCUGGCGGACAAUCAAAUCUUUUGUGUGCACGGGGGCCUGUCUCCCUCCAUCACCUCUCUAGACCAGAUCCGAGUGAUUGACCGCAAACAAGAAGUGCCUCACGACGGAGCCAUGUGCGAUCUGCUCUGGUCCGAUCCAGAGGAGAUCGACGGCUGGGGUUUGAGCCCGCGCGGCGCGGGUUACCUAUUCGGCGGUGACGUGGUAACCAGCUUCAACCACAACAACAGCGUGGAUGUGAUUGCGCGGGCGCACCAGCUGGUGAUGGAGGGGUACAAGUGGAUGUUCAACCAGCAGCUUGUUACUGUCUGGUCCGCCCCCAACUACUGCUAUCGGUGUGGCAACGUGGCGGCGAUUUUGGAGCUGAAUGAGAACCUGGAGAAGAAAUUCCGCGUGUUUGAGGCAGCACCGCAGCUGAAUGAGAGUAUGGAGAAGAAGUUCCGCGUGUUUGAGGCAGCACCGCAGGUGAGGGGUGGGGCUGUGGCUUACCAGCACGGCAGGGGAUGUGGGUAUCAGUGCACUGGCACUGCGAGCCAGACGCGGAAUGAGAGUUUGGAGGAGAUAUUCACCGUGCUUGCGACUGCACUGUAG